AUGCCUACGCCCGUCCAUCACUCUACAGCCCCUGGCCGGCGUCUGACGUGGCUCAUCACCGGCUGCUCGUCCGGUAUUGGCCUGGCCCUCGCCCGCCACGUGCUUGCCAACGGGCACCGCCUCAUUGCCACGUCACGCAACCCUGCCAAGACGCCCGAGCUGGUGCGGGAGGUGACGUCGUACGGCGACGGCUCCCACCGCUGGGUCGCGCUCGACGCGGACAGCCCGGGCGCGGGCACGGUCGUGAGCCAGCUGGGGGUGGCCAUCGACGUCCUCGUCAACAAUGCCGGCCAUGCGGUCCUCCAGACUGUCGAGCACGCCCGCGAAGCCGACGCCCGCGCGCUCAUGGAGACCAUGUACUUUGGCCCGCUGCGGCUGGUGCAGGCGGUCCUGCCAACGAUGCGCCGACAGAGGUUCGGCGUGGUGGUCUACGUGAGCUCGGGCGCCGGGCUCGAGGCGCGGCCGUCGAUGGCCCUGUACGGUGCGGCCAAGGCGGCGGGGGACGCGCUGACCAAGACACUGGCCAAGGAGGUGGCGCCCUUCAACGUGAGGGCAUUGUACGUGUCGCUGGGUUCGUUUCAGACAAACAUGCCGAACGCGACCGAGGUGCGCGCGUCGACCCCGGCGACGCUGGACGACACGCCGGCAUCUACGGACGACGACUACGCCGGUAGCGUGGCCAGAAAGAUCAUGGGCCACAUGGCCAGCGGCGGCCAGGCCGCGUCGGCUCGGGGUGAUCCUGCCAAGGCGGCACGGGCCAUCUUCGAGGUGGCGACGGCGACGGGCGUGGGCCGCGGCCACGAAGCCGAGGUGCUGCUCCCGCUCGGUGCGGACGCGGCGGUUCGUGUGCAGAAGUGCGUGACACGCUGGCGCAUGCGCUGGACGUUUUUGGCAGCGUGA